UGGGGCCGUGGGCGCGGGCCGGGGAUGCGGGAACCGGGGAGGGAGAUGCGCCCGAGGCCUCGCGCGAGCGGGGCGCACCGGGCGGCGGGACGUCCUCCUGGCGGUGCCCCACUUGGCCAAGCCACGGUGCUGCCCCGGCGCCCCAGACCUCUCGUCUGGACGAGCCCCGAAGGACUCGAACGCCACCUGCCCUCGCGGACGGCGUGCUAGACGCCCUCCCGGCCUGUUGUCUGGGCACGUCCCCGAGAGCCCCGUGAGACGAGAGCAUCGUUACCCCCAUGCUUCAGGCGAGGAAAGCCCGGCGCCCGCAGGUAUUUAAGGUCCGCGAGGAGCCGACCCAGUUGCUCUUGGGGCCACCCCAGUGGUGGUGCGGACCGCUGGCAGGCAGGCAGACCCCAGGACCUCCCCCCACACCACCACACUGUCCAUGGAUUUUGUUGCUGGAGCCAUCGGAGGCCAGGUCAGACGAGGGCCUUGUGGAGGACAGACAUGACGUGUGUGAAGCGGCAGCAAAACCACGUGACAGGGGCUCUGAUCAACAUGGUUUCCGGCACGAAGGAGUCUGCGGUGUUGCUGUGGGCUACCCCCUGGACACGGUGAAGGUCAAGAUCCAGACAGAGCCCAAGUACAGGGGCAUCUGGCACUGCGUCUGGGACACGUAUCGCCGAGAGCGGGUGUGGGGCUUCUACAGAGGCCUCUCGCUGCCCGUGUGCACCGUGUCCCUGGUCUCGUCCGUGUCUUUCGGCACCUACCGCCAUUGCCUGGCACACAUCUGCCGAUUUCGGUAUGGCAGCACGGACAUCAAGCCCGCCAAGACUGACAUCACGCUCUCGGGAUUUGCCUCCGGCUUGGUCCGCGUGUUCCUGACCUCGCCCACCGAGGUGGCCAAGGUCCGCCUGCAGACGCAGACGCAGCAGCGGCGCCCCUCGGCCUCGUGGCCCUCGGCCGCGCCCCCCGCGUGUCCCGCGCCCCCCGCGAGUUCGGGGCCUGGGCCCAAGUACCGAGGACCUCUGCACUGCCUGGCCACGGUGGCCCGUGAGGAGGGGCUGCGGGGCCUCUACAAGGGCAGCUCGGCCCUGCUCUUCCGGGACGGCCACUCCUUCGCCACCUACUUCCUGUCCUACACCAUCCUCUGCGAGCAGCUCACCCCCACGGGCCGCAGCCAGCCAGAUGUGCUGGGCGUGCUGGUGGCCGGGGGCUGUGCCGGGGUCCUGGCCUGGGCCGUGGCCACACCCAUGGACGUGAUCAAGUCGCGCCUGCAGGCGGACGGCCAGGGCCAGCGGCGCUACCGGGGCCUCCUGCACUGCGUGGUGAGCAGCGUUCGGGAGGAGGGGCCGCGGGUCCUCUUCAAGGGGCUGACGCUCAACUGCUGUCGUGCCUUCCCCGUCAACAUGGUGGUCUUUGUCACCUACGAAGCCGUGCUGGGGCUCACCCGCGGCCUGUCCACCUAGCUAGUCCCCGCGCCCCGGGGCCGGCCCCCCGGCGGCUUGCAGACGUCUCGUAGCCGGAGGUGGCGGAGGAGAGUGUGGGGGUCUGGGCCCCGUUGAGCCACCGCCCGGUGGCCGGAGUCAGCCGUGCCUGGGGCUUUGCUCACCCAGCUACGCACCACGAGGAGGUUCAGGGGCCCCUCUGCCAUCAGCCUGGGGCUGGCUUGAGGGUCUCGUGAGCCAGGGAGGAGUGAGCCUCUUGGAGGAGGACAUCUGUCACGCGCGGUCGUUUGAACGUUUGGUCAGUUGGUCGUUCCAGCUUCCCCGGGGCCUCUCCCUGCCGCCCGUGUCUUCGGAGCACCCCUGCACCUCCGUCCACUCACCCAGUGUCCGCUGGCCACCGUCCCCGCCAGGCCCCCGCUCAGCUCUCCUCUGUUUGGUGAGCGCCUAUGCACCCGCCCGCUUGCUCCCCUGCGCCGGGCUGCGCAGAGAGGGCACUGCCCGGACGGCCAUGACCAGCUUGGUGCCAGACCCGCUCACACACCCUUGCUCUGCUGGGAGAUCCCCGAGACUCCGCGGGGAGCCGUUGACAAUAAAACGUUCUUGUUCGAAUGUG